GAGGAACCCAGGAGCGCCCUGUCCGGCGGCGCUCUAGCCUCCGCGCGCUGUCUCUGUGCUCCCCCGCGUCUUGUCUAUUUAUUGUCGCGGGGAAGCAGCGGCCGCCCUGUACCCGGAACAACAAAGCACGAAAGACGGAGCCCGAGCCUCGGGGGCUCCUAGCAACGGGCCGGGGCGGGAGUUCCAUGGAGACUGGGGAGCGCGCCCGCCUCAUCAUUAUCCUUGUCCUCCAGCUUAUCCUUCGCGUCCGCCGCAACCGGCAGCAGCGCUGCCGCCGCGUCCUCUGCCGCCGCCCGCUCUUCCCACGGAUGUGAUCUUCGUGGUGGGAAGCUAAGUUUUUAAACUACCCCAAUGGAUGCAGACAGUGAUGUUGCACUGGACAUUCUAAUUACAAAUGUAGUCUGUGUUUUUAGAACAAGAUGCCAUUUGAACUUAAGGAAGAUUGCUUUGGAGGGAGCAAAUGUAAUUUAUAAGCGUGACGUUGGAAAAGUAUUAAUGAAGCUUAGAAAGCCUAGAAUUACAGCUACGAUUUGGUCCUCAGGAAAAAUUAUUUGCACUGGAGCAACGAGUGAAGAAGAAGCUAAAUUUGGUGCCAGACGUUUAGCCCGCAGUCUCCAGAAACUAGGAUUUCAGGUAAUAUUUACAGAUUUUAAGGUUGUUAACGUUUUGGCAGUAUGUAACAUGCCAUUUGAAAUACGUUUGCCAGAAUUCACAAAGAACAAUAGACCUCAUGCCAGUUACGAACCUGAACUUCAUCCUGCUGUGUGUUACCGGAUAAAAUCUCUAAGAGCUACAUUACAGAUUUUUUCAACAGGAAGUAUCACAGUAACAGGGCCCAAUGUAAAGGCCGUCGCUACUGCUGUGGAACAGGUAUACCCAUUUGUGUUUGAAAGCAGGAAAGAAAUUUUAUAAGUCAUCACGUAAUUGGUUAGAAUCCCAAACUGAGCACCUUUUAAACCUGCUGCACAUUGGACUCAAAACAAAAGGAAAACUGGACCAACAGUAAUUGAGGAAAUAGACUCUUUUAUUCAUUCACGGCUACAGUGUAAGCUCCAGUCCCUUUGGAUUUUAUUUCAAACCUUGCUGUAAUAUAAAAAGGAAGUUUACAAGACAUGACAUUGCUGCUUUUACAAAAGGACAUUCUAUUUAUUUUCGCAGUAAUUUCAUGUCCCCACGAGCAGAGCUGUCACAGUGUGCACUACCUUAAAGUGUUUUGUUGUUGUCAUUAUUUUUUUCCAGUUUGAGCUGAUGUGUUUUAUUUGUGAAUAGUCUUUUACAUUUUUGUAUGCUGAACAUGGGCACCAAAGAACCUGUAAAAGUUAUCUUUUUCAAUUGAAUGUGCACAAAUAAAAGUUUGGAAAAGAUCACUCUUCAUAUCCAUUCUAUUCCCCAUUUUCUAUUUUAACAAAAUUUGUAUUCAUAAUUCUUUUUUUUUUUUUUAAUCUAUGCAAGCUUAGACUUUUGCUAAAGUGUGUUGGCUUCUUUUUGAAGUGCAUUUUGUACAUAUAUGCCACAUGUGUAUAGUAUCUUUUAAUGCUCUGUUACCAAAUAUCAAAUAGGAAUUUUUUUCUUGCAGAUUAGAAAUAAAAACAUGUAUAUAAAUGCUAGGGAACUGGAGUAGAACUUUAUAAAUUAAGCGUAAUGUUUUAUGUUGCUAAUUUAACAUGAUAGAAAAUGUUAACUAUCUUUUAAAAGUCGUAAAGUUGUAGUUUUGAAAAGAGAAACUCUUACCUACAAGAUGGAAUAUAAGAAAGAAGCUGUGAUGGGUUGUACCUCAUAUGUACCUUUGUUAUUCUGGAAAGACUCAACUCUGGUUAUAGGAAAGUAAAAAUCUUAGUUUGGUACUCAAGGCUUUACUAAGAGUCUUGUCAGAAGUUGAAACAUUGUGCUGUUUUAGCAAGAAGUGCCCAAAAGCUGACUCUGUGCCACAGUGUAAUUAUACUACAGUUCAAUUUGAACUUGAAAGCCAUUUUGCCAGAUAAGUCUUUCCCCUU